GAGUGCCGAGGGGCCCCUGAAGGGGUCCGGCCGUACCAUGAAGAAGUCUGACCGACGGGAUCCAUUCCCUAAUAUAGGCCCACUGUGUAGGGCUACUGAUACUGUACACUCACACACAUCAGUACAAUAGGCUACACGCUUUCUGCUGCAUUGCUUCAUGGGACCAGGAUAUGGGGUUGAUGAUGUGAUACCUUUGAUAUGUCCAGAAGCGAAACUUAUAGAGGACUGAUGAGCCACUCCCAGUGCGGGUGUUGGCCUGAAUUUGCAUGUGUGUGUUAGUGUACAGAGGAGCUGGGAUCCACUCUGGGUUAGUCCAGUCACCAUUGAUAAGUGAAGUUAGAACUUGACCGGUCAGUCACCAUGGGGGUACAGGGCUUGUGGUCGCUGCUGGAGGGAAACAGCCAGAUCUACACCAACAUCCACUUCAGGGACAGCAAGCUUGUGGUGGACGGAAGUAGCCUGGCCCACCACAUCUACAACAUGGCCAACCUGGACCAGAACCACGGCGGGGAGUACCUGGCCUUCCAGGUGGAUGUCCAGGCUUUCUUCAAGAAUCUGGCCGACUGUGGAAUCAAACCGUAUGUGUUGCUGGACGGAGGCUCGGGCCCCAGCGACAUCAAACUAAACCGCAGGAUAGACCUUCAAAGAAAACGUGUCAAGAAGAUCCCUGACGCUCUGAAGGGUGGGAAAAUUGACUUCUAUGCCCUCUUUACCACAACAGUGUUCGAAGAGACGCUGAACGACAUGAAAGUGCCGCUGAUCAGGUGCUUCGGACAGGCCGACGGCCAGCUGGCUGCCCUGGCCAGAGAGUGGUGCUGCCCGGUGCUGUCCACAGACACUGACUUCUACAUCUACGACCUUCCAGAGGGGGUUCUACCCCUGGAUCACUUCCAGUGGGACUCAGUUAAAGCAAGUGGGGCCAGGAGUUACAUCUCCUGCAAGCGAUACACCACGUCCAGCUUCUGUUCCCUUUUCAACAUCGACCACCAGCUGCUGCCCGUCUUCGCCGCUUUGGCAGGGAACGACUACGUCAACCUCAGAGAUGUUAAGUGGGCCAGUUACGUUCCAGCGGGAAAUCCUACUAUGAAGUUCAGAACCGCUAGCCUGGUGGGCCUCCUGAGUUGGCUUGGAGCCAGGAAAGACGAGACGACAGAAGACACCUUGACAGCAGCGAUGGCACUCAUACCCAACAUUAGCCAACAGGCGCGGACGGAAAUGCGGACGGAGGUGCAGAACGCCAUGCUAGAGUACCGACUCCCCAGCUCCUCUCUGCGGAGGUUUUUCAGUGAGGGGAUUGUUCCACCGCUGCCUCCUGAGAUGUCGAGCAGGGUCCCUGAGUGGGUCCCUGCAUCCCUGGCCAGAGGAGACCUGGGGGCCAACAUACUGGACUAUGACAUACUUGUGCACAGGAGGAAGUUUCUGCGAAUCCAGGUGGAGUGCAGCGGCCUGCAGAGCUCUAACCUCACCUCACGGCCCAUCCGGCAGGUGAUGUACGGGCUGCUGCUGGGCCAGCGGGAGGGUGAGGUGGAGGAGUGGGACCGGGACGGUCUGGAGCUCAUCGGUGUCAAGGUGCAACCGCUGGUCCAAGGAGCCGCUCAGACGCUGAGGCUGGACUCUCUGCCCCGGGCAGACCCCGCUGUGAGGCUGCAGGUGUGUCUGGAGACGCUGGGCGUGGAGGAAGAGACGCUGGAGGGAGUUCCGGCUCACCUGCGCCUCCCAGUGGCUGUGACCUGCUACUGGCGGUCGAGGGCCAGCCCUGAGCCGACGGUCCUCAAAGCUCUGCUGAUGGUCAUGGUCCAAGGAGAACUGACCAGACUGACAGUAGGGACAACAGGUAGGUAGCACAUGUGGUGCUUAGCAAAAAAACUAAACA